UAUUCUCCCACUUCAUCUCCAAUCCGAUCAACUUUCGUUGUUGGGCUGUGUGGGACGUGAGUCUUUGGUGGUUUACAACUUAUUACAAGUCUUCCACUUUGAAUUCGUUUCUUAAAAGUCUUCCACUUUGAACAUAUCAACUAUUUGGUGGUAUGCUGUAGCCAGCAUAACUUAAUUACGACCUCUCCCUCCUUUUUUUCUUGGUGGUUCCAACGCUAAUGACCUGCUCGUUUUCCUCUCAACUUCCUAGUACCACCUUUGAAUCCCCUUUAAUUUCCUCUCCCAGCCACCCCAAUUCCAUCUCCACGCCUCAUUUCCCCCCCUCACCAUUCAUCCUGUUUCUUCCUGCAUCGUGCAACAACGGCCACUGCCUAGAGCUGACUCAGUUCAGUCACGAGAUGAUGCCGGCGGUGGGAGCCAUGGUGGAUGCAGCCAUCGGAUGGCUGGUGCAGGGUAUCCUGGGGAACCUCUUUACUGAGAAGCUGGAGGCAUGGACUGAAAGAAUUGGCCUCGCCGAUGAUGUGGACAAGCUCAAGUCGGACAUGAGAUAUGUCCAGAUGGUGGUUGCUGCUGCCAAAGGGAGGAGGAUCGAGAACGAGCCGCUGGCUCAAUCCCUGGCUGAUCUCAAGGAGCUGUUGUAUGACGCUGAGGACGUGAUGGAUGACCUUGACUACUAUCGCCUAAAAGAGCAGGUCCAGAGUGGCAAUACUAGGGGUGGUACUAGUACAACUACUGCAUGCAAUGCUGCAACUUCAUCGACGUGGUCUUCAUGUUCCAUUCAACAGCAUGGAAGCACCUUCAUAAGAAAUUUGAGUAACUCUAUCUCCAUGGGUGGCUCUAGGGGUAAACGGAAAAGAGACGAUGACCAAACCAUUGCUGCCUGCACACACCUCAACCAGAGUGAGUUUUCUCGAAGGAUUAAAGAUAUCAGUGGUAAACUAGGAGACCUUGCGCGUGAUGUCAGUGACACUCUGAAAAUAGAUGGAUCGAACCUCCCUGUAGCUUCAAAUCUGAGUCAGAGCACACGUGUAACAUCAUCGUUUCUUGUUGAGCGUAAAGUGUAUGGGAGGGAUGCAGAGGUGAAAUCCAUCCUUGAGUUGAUUGCAAGGAGCAGAUCCAGCAUAACUGUCCUACCAGUUGUAGGCAUGGGAGGGAUUGGGAAGACAACUCUGGCCCAGCUUGUGUACAACGAUCCUAAUGUAGAAAGUCACUUUCAGAACAAGAUAUGGGUCUGUGUUUCUGAUAACUUUGACGUGCGUAGGGUGACAAGGGAGAUAUUAGACCGUGUCUCAGAAACAAGGGUACCAGAAACAGACAACUUGGAUGGGCUUCAGGAGGACCUAGUUAAAUGCAUGGAAUCCAAGAGGUUUCUAAUUGUCUUGGAUGAUGUCUGGGAUGAUAUGAAGCAGGGCUGUUGGGAAAAACUGUUAGCUCCUUUAAAACGAAUUCAGACAACAGGUAAUAUGAUACUUGUGACAACUCGGAAAGUAUCUGUUGCAGAAAUGACACAGACAGUUGAACCAGUCAAGUUAAGUGCUUUGGAAGGGUGUGAUUUAUGGCAAAUGUUUAUAUCAUGUGCGUUUGGUGAUGAGAAAUAUGAAGAACAUCCAAGUUUGUGCACUAUUGGGAAGCAAAUAACUAAAAAGCUGAGGGGAAACCCAUUAGCAGUAAAAACUGUUGGUGCUCUGUUAAGAAAGAAUAUUAGCAUCGAUAAUUGGACUAACAUACUAAACAAUGAAGAAUUGAAAUCCCUACAGGAUAUGGAAGGCAUUAUGCCUGCAUUGAAGCUCAGUUAUGAUUACCUGCCGGACUCCUUACAGCAGUGCUUUAGGUAUUGUUGUCUAUUCCCCAAGAACUAUCUCUUUGAUGCAGUGAAGUUAGUCAGAAUGUGGAUCUCACAAGGAUUUGUGCAUGGUAACCACACUGGUAAAAAACUAGAGGAUAUAGGAAAUGCUUAUUUGGCUGAUUUAGUGAACUCAGGUUUCUUGGUGAACUUAGGUUUCAUCAAGCUGGUUGGAAGGGGCAGGAAUUAUUCGAAUCACUUUGUCAUGCACGAUCUUAUGCAUGAUUUAGCAUGGGAGGUUUCAAGAACUGACUUUGCGACUAUUGAUGGCACAAAACAUAAAGAAAUCUUGCCAACUACGCGCCAUCUGUCAAUAUUCACUGGCUUUUCUGCAGAUUAUGAGCCUAAAUGUGGCAGUCUAGAGAAAAUUUUGCUGCAACUUACAUCUGUGAGAAAGCUGAGAUCCUUGAUUUUAAUUGGUGGUUAUCACCUCUCUUUUUUCACAUCCUUCCAGCAUAUGUUUAAAAAAGCGGAAAAUUUACGUUUGAUGCAAGUCUCUGCAACUGAGGCCCAUUUUGAUUGUUUCAUCAGUAGUUUGGUGAAUUGCACACAUAUUCGUUAUGUAGAGGUGGAUCGCAUUGGCUCUCCAAAUGGAGUUCUUCCACAAGCUUUGACCAAUUUUUUCCAUCUUGAAGUAUUAGAUGUUGACCCCUACGUAGGUCUAACUCUUCCCAGUGAUAUGAGUAACCUUGUCAGCUUGCAGCAUCUUGUUGGGGCAGGGGAAGCACUGUCAACCAUUGCUAGCAUUGGCAAUGUGACCGCUCUUCAAGAGCUUCCUGUAUUCAAGAUUCAAAAAGCUAGUGGGUUUGAUAUAAGACAGCUUAAGUUCAUGAAUCAGCUUGUACAGCUUGGAAUUUAUCAAAUUGAAAAUGUAAGAAGCAAACAAGAGGCUAGUGAAGCAAGACUUAUAGAUAAAGGACAGCUAGAGGAACUGUGCUUGUUGUGGGAUUCUGAUAGCACUAGUUCGGAAACUUCAACAGAGGCAACAACUGAGGUUCUUGAGGUUCUUAAACCUCAUCAAAACCUUAAACAUCUCAAGAUAAGUGGUUACAGUGGUUCUGUAUCUCCAAGUUGGCUCGAAAAGUUUUGGUUCCUUAGGAAGCUUAAGUUGAUUAAUAUUUGUCAUGUACAAGAAGUACGAAUUCCUUGUUUAGAGGAGUUGGUGCUAUCUGGAUUACCAAGAUUAGAAAAAUGUAUGGCCACUUGUACGAGGGAAUUGGAUUUUUAUCUACGGGUACUGAUAAUUGAAAACUGCAAUGAACUGAAGGUCUUUACUCCAUUUGAAAUUCAGAAUUUAUGCUCUUCUGAAGUUCAACAAAGAUCUCAGAUGCUGAGCCUGAAAGACACUGGUUCAGCCGAGCGAAACAAAUGGCUAUCUGGUCUUCGUGUGCUAAAGAUACAUGGAUGUCCUCGUCUGAUGUUGUCACAUCCCCUGCCGCCCGCUGAAAAUACUCAAGUAUCAGUUCAAGCGCUUCUAAUAUAUCCAGCACUAGAGAGAAUGAAUUCAAAUGAUUUGUCGGUCAUGUCCUCAAAGGAAUUGAGAGUGCUUAAUGCCAAAGUUUUGGAGUUCCGAAAUCUAACAGACGUGACAUCACUGCACAUAGAGCGCUGUCCAAAUCUGGUGUUUCUUUCAUCUGAAGGCUUGAGGCAGCUCCUCAAUUUAAGAAAGAUGGCAAUCGUCAGUUGUGGUAAUCGGGUAUCAUCAUGUAUUGUGCCUAAUGCUGACUCUGAAUCCUGGAAAGGUACAGAUCAUCCUGCCUUUCCACGACUCACACAUCUGAGAAUCGAAUCGUGUGGUGGUAUAGCAGGCAGGUGGCUAACUGAAAUGCUGCCUCAUAUGCAGUCCCUUGAGGAACUGGAUAUAGAGGACUGUCCCCAGAUGAAAUCCAUAUCAAUCCAUCAUCCCAGACAAGAGGCGGAGAGUGGCAAUCUGGCAUGUCAAGCAGUCUUACCAACAAGCUUAGCCCAAGAUGAGUUCCUCUUGCACAUUCCACUCAAUGUCCUUUCAACACUGGAGAAGUUUCAUAUUCAGAGGUGCCCAGAAAUGCAGUUAUGUAGCAGCAGCAGGGAGGGGUUUAGAGGGUUCACCUCCCUCACGGAGCUAAUCAUUACAGGUUGCCCUAUGCUGAUUUCUUCUGCCAAUGAGAGGUUUUCCGUUCCACCAUCUGUGUCAUAUCUUUGUAUCGAGUUUCUCCCAAAAAGACUGCAGCCUUACUUUCCAGAGAACCGGAGCUCUCUCGGAUUUCUGUCAGUGCGUGAGAGCCCAGACUUGCAGUCUCUACGGCUCCCUGUUGCACGGCUUUGCAGGAGCUCCAGAUCCAGAGUUGUCGACAGGUGGCAUUGGAGGGCAUGCAGUAUCUGAGUUCCCUCCGAGUCUUGUCAAUUAAGAUGAAUCCUGAACUAUCUGCUUCAUGGGUUCGAAGGUGUCAAGACGUGCAACAGGGAAGUGGUCACACCCGUCUGCUUCCUCCGUUGCUUGAGAAACUUUACAUCAGACAUCUCCAGGAUGGCUUGGCACCCUAUUUGCUGGCCCAUGGGACGUUCCUCUUCACGCUGGUGGUAGAGGACAGUCCGAACCUGACAUCUUUGCAGCUGGGUUCCCUCGCAGCACUGAGAAACCUGCAGAUUCAGGAUUGUGGUUCCCUCACAACUCUGCAAGGCACCCUCCCCAAACUAGAAGUGUGUUUCUGUGACAGCCAAAACUUGUCUUCCCUACAGCUCGGUGCACUCACAGCAUUGGAAGACUUGACAGUCUAUAGUUGUGACUGGCUCACUUCACUGGAAACCUUGGCAUCAUUCGGGAACCUUGCUGAUUUGGCAAUAUACGAGUGCUGCAGCGUAGCCCCGUUGCUGGAGCUUUUGUCACGACAGCCUGAAGGUUUUAGUAUAUUCCCCCGACUGGAGAGGCUAUAUGUCGAUGACUUAUUUGCCCUCGCCACGCCUUUCUUCAAACACCUCACCUCUCUCCGUCACCUAAGAGUAACUUAUGAUUCAAACAGAAACAGUGUCCGCUUCACGGAUGAACAAGAAAAGGCGCUUCAGCUUCUCACGUCUCUGCAGGGUCUUGCAAUUUUGGGGUUUCUGGAUCUUGAAGAAUUCCCUGCUGUGCUGCACAGUCUUCAUUCCCUCAAAAGGCUAGACGUCAGGGGUUGUCCACGCAUCUCAAGGCUGCCUGAAAAGGGCCUUCCACCAUCGCUGGAAGUGCUGGAGAUCAACGACUGCAGUGUGGAGCUUCAGGAGCAGUGCAGGAUGCUAGCAACAGGGAAGCUAAGGGUCCAAAUUUAUAAUUAUCAUCGUUGAACUGGCUGCUGGAUGUCUCUGUUGGACACGCAUUUCCUCCUGUACAACAAAGCUGUACCGUGAGCCUUUUUUUGUGCUUUUCAGGAAGUUGGAGAUCAUCCCGUGAGUGAUUAACGGACCAGUGCAAUGGUUACUUCGGUUCAACCGAUUCACAUCUCGUUGAUGUCGUGCAUGCAUGAAUUCAGAUAUGUCACCUGUGAUGUAUAUAUACUAAAAUAUUAAGAUAGAAAAUUAUUUUAUCAAAUUCAGAGAUGCUCUAAGGGACUAGAAAGUAGUCUCUUGUCUAUAAAA